AUGACACGUUGCUCAAUAAACAAGAAACCGAUGCCCGAAGAAAAUAUGGUGCAAAACAAUUACCACGAGGACGAAUCGCUCCACAAGGCGCGCAUUUUCAUAUGCGAUCGACGACGUGCGAUACUGGAAGGUGUGAGCACGCUACCAGCCGAGCAAUUCGCCACGAGAACACCCAAGAACAGUGAGUCGUCGGACACCACUGGAUCCGCCUCCUCGUCAUCAAUCGCUUCCACAUCGUCAUCCGAUGCGGACAGUCUGAGUUCUAGCUCGAAAACGAAGACGAAACAACAGCAGACUGAGCAGAAACAGCAGCAACAGAUGCAGCAACAGCAAUUGCAACAACAGCAGCAUGAUCGACGAAGGAACGUCAGUGGAACAUCAUCAUCCACAGAUAGCUCAGGACUCUUGUCCAAGACGACCACAUACAUCAGUGAUCAAUACAGUGAUACAGAUGAUCCGAACUGGGCGUUCGCCUUUAAUUUCCAACCAUGGAUCCGAGAGUACGAUAUUUGUGAGGUGCACUUCAAGAACUUUUGCUCAUUCCUCGAACGUGAGAAGAUUGAAGAUCCGAUGUCGCCGAGUUCAUUCAAGGGGAGAACCGCCUACUACGAGAAUCAUAUGAACGAUAAGGCGACCGCGUUGGCGCUAGCUGAUCUACAGAUUGUGAGAUUGAGCCCACCGGCAGCGGAAGAGAUGAGAAAUCAAUCGGCUGGACGUAUCGAGAGGCUCGCCGAAAAGCUUCGCGACGUUCGCGACGUUCACUACACCUUCAAGGAUUCAGUGUGUUAUGGAGCUCGUCCACCAGUCACCAUCUUCUAUUUCCUGGAGAUGAUGCAUUUGAACAUUCGUGCUCUCACUUUCGACCACGUGCAAGCGGCCACACAAAUCGAGUUGCACGAGGUGCUCGACAUGGCGAAUCUCCAUCGUCUGACUGUCAUUCAACCACAACAACGACAGACGAUUAUGGUUCGUGAGGAGCUCUUCGAGAAAUGGAUUAAACUUGCCGACAAGGAUCGCAAACGCAUCUCAAUCCACCUCAACGGAUGCCACGAGUUCCGCCCUCAGAAUCUGUACGUCGUCGUGCAGGCGUGGCUCAACCAUCCGAAGCCAGUCGAGUUCAAGCAGAUCUCAAUCGACGGUGGAUCGUACAAGUACAACGAAUUCAUCUAUCUCAUCGAACGUCUUCACGACAUUAUGGAGAAGCGUCCGCCACGUAGUCCAAUGAAUCGUUCGUUCGGAAACGAGCAGAACGAACACUCGAUUGUGCUCGACAAGGUGUGCAGAAUCCCUCAUCCACAGGACCGUAGCGUCGUCAUUGUAUUCAAGUAUUGUAGACUCUCAAGAAAAAUGGUGCUCACCAUCGAAAAGGAGCUGUCGCCCAAAUCGCCCGUCCCAACGCUGUCGCCAGUCGCCACACUCGCCCGUCUCGCUCGUCCACACUCGGCCGCAUCGGUGCUGACGUCGCCAAUGCGAAAGAUCUCGUCGUCGCUGAAGUCGGCGGCGUCACCAACGAUUCCCACGAAUAAUAACAACAAUAACUGUCGUCAAUCGCUCGGACGCCCACUAUCCCACGAUCCAUGCCACAUGACAGGAUGUCGUGAAAACGCGGGAAGCAACAUGUUCACACGAAUUGUCAGCUUCUUGGGAACAUCGAGUUAG